CAUCGACACGCUAGGUGACCGCUACACAGAAUACAGUUCCGUGUCAUGUUAUAAGACAGCUUCGUACGCUCUGCUCGGAUUUAAGUCUGAGCGGCAAAUGAGACUGCUUUGGCGCUCAUUCUUAGGCCGCCGACGCUCGCCGUGGCUACUCCUCUUCCGCCGCCGCCGCUCUUCUUCCUCAGUUUCUUGUCUCGCCGGUUCCGCAACAGCAGCGUCUCAGUUCCCGCUGAGUCUGCGGCCGCCAACUGCGGCACCGAUAUAUCAUCAAGACCUCGUCUCCCGCAUAAAGUCAUGCACCCACAAGACCCAUCUCCUCCAAAUCCACGCCCACUUGAUCCGCACUCACGACCUAUCACCGUCUCACUCCUUGAAGCUCUACAACACCUUGAUCAGGGCCUUCUCGAUGUCCGAUUCGCCCGAGGAAGGGUUCCGUCUCUACCGCGAGAUCCGCCGCCGGGGCAUUCAGGUGGACCCGGUGUCGUCCUCAUUUGCCAUCAAGUGCUGCGUAAAGUUUCAAUAUUUAUUCGGCGGCGUGCAGGUCCAUGGGAGGAUUUUGACCGACGGCCACCACAGGGACGGCCUCCUGCUGGCCACCCUUAUGAAUCUUUACUCUGCUUGCAAGAGGUUUGAGGAUGGCCGCAAGGUGUUCGAUGAAAUUCCCUGCAGAGACACCGUCUCAUGGAACGUUCUGAUCUCUUGUUAUGUUCGCAACAAACGGACUCGUGAUGCGUUGGAGCUGUUCGAUCUCAUGUUGAAUGCGGACCUCGGGUGCAAACCAGACCACGUAACUUGCCUGCACCUCCUUCAGGCCUGCGCCAAUUUAAAUGCCCUUGAAUUCGGCGAGAAGGUCCAUAAGUAUAUAGAACAGAAUGGGUUUGGUGGUGCAACGAAUUUGUGCCACUCUCUCAUAUCGAUGUAUUCCCGUUGUGGGAACUUGGAGAAGGCCUAUGAGGUAUUUGCGGGAAUGCAAGGCAAAAUGAACGUGGUUUCCUGGUCCGCAUGGAUUUCUGGGCUGGCGAUGAACGGAUGUGGAAGGGAUGCAAUCGAGGCUUUCUUUGAGAUGAUCCGAUCAGGUGUUCCCCCCGAUGAUCAGACCUUUACGGGUGUUCUAUCUGCCUGCAGUCACAGUGGGUUAGUGGAUGAGGGGAUGAUGCUGUUCGAGAAGAUGAGCAGAGACUUCAACUUGCUGCCCAACAUACAUCACUACGGGUGUAUGGUCCAUCUUUUGGGCAGGGCAGGAUUGCUCGAUCAGGCCUACGAACUGAUACUCUCUAUGAGAGUCAGGCCGGACUCAACUAUGUGGAGAACCUUACUCAAUGCUUGCAGAAUCCACGGUCAUGUCUCCCUUGGGGAACGAGUGGUAGAGCACUUGAUAGAGCUGAAGGCUCAGGAAGCAGGGGACUAUGUUCUGUUGCUGAACAUGUACUCUUCGGCCGGCAACUGGGACAAGGUGACGGAAGUUAGGCAGUUCAUGAAGGAGAGAGGAAUCCAGACAACUCCAGGUUCGAGCACGAUCGAGUUCGCAGGAGUCGUGCACGAGUUCACUGUGGAUGAUAUCUCUCAUCCCAGGCAUCCCGAAGUUUAUGCUGCACUAGAUGAGAUUGGGCAGCAGCUGAGGAUUGCUGGAUAUGUUCCUGAGAUCUCGUCGGAACUGCAUAAUCUGAGUGUGGAUGAGAAAGGGUAUCAUCUCUCUUACCACAGCGAGAAGUUGGCCAUUGCUUUUGGAGUUCUCAUGACUCCUCCUGGGAAAACAGUUAGGAUAGCUAACAAUGUCCGGAUCUGUGUCGACUGCCACAACUUUGCAAAGGUGCUGUCGAGUGCUUACAACAGAGAAGUAGUGAUUCGGGAUCGGUCUAGGUUUCAUCAUUUCAGAGGAGGAGUUUGCUCCUGUGAGGACUAUUGGUAGAGGUGCCUUCAGGAAGACAAUAAUAUAUUGCUUGACAACUAAAGAGAGAACAAAUCCAAAUCCCUUGUCUGAA